AUGGAAGGUUCCUUUUCAAAUAACACUGAGCUAGAUGAUUUCUUUGACUUCGAGGAUAAAGCGGAUGCUACUAACAUCACCUCAAACGUUAAUUAUUGUCACAAAACAACUGAGGUCAUAUUUUGGAUACUGAACUCUUUAAUCGGGGCCAUCAUUCUUCUUGGAAACAGCUUCACUUGCGUGGUCUUUCUUUCAUCAAAGCGACUUCGUCAGAGUUACAUGAAUGUAUUUCUUAUCAGUUUAGCAUGUUUGGACGUGUUAAUGGCGAUAGGCGUUGUUCCAUUCUAUGCCGUAUUUUGCAGCAGAGGCUGUAGAUAUCCCCUCGGGAAUUACUGCUGGUUAUUUAGAGCAACGAAAGACUGUGUUUUAUUAGCAUCAACAUUAAACAUCUGCGCAAUCGCAUACGACCGAUAUUUGGCAGUAAUCCAUCCUCUUCAUUAUGGCGCGAAAAUGACCAACAGGCGGGUGACCGCGAUUUUAGGUGGAGUUUGGCUGCUCCCAGUGGCUGUGGCGGCAAUCAGAAGUGCAUGGCACCACACAAAGAGUGGGGAAAAUCUGCGUUUCGCGAACAAGUUGUACGACAUUGUCUUAACGUUUCUUUUUGUGUUACUUUCAAUCAUUGUCUCCCUUUUUGUAAAUACUAAGAUAAUGAUUGCUGUCAAAACUCACAAAGAACGUGAGCGGAAUCGAAGACACCUUGGGAGAGCCAAUGAUGAAGAGCUAACAAGACUAAGAAAAGGCACAAGAGCCUGCAUUUUCGUGGUGUUUGUUUACAUCGCCUGCUGGUUGCCUCGUAUUGUGUACAACCUCAGCUAUGUAAUCAAACCACCGGGAUUGGCAAACCCUUUGUUUCUCAAGAUUGCUUUCUUUUUUCUUUAUUUACAAUCUUCUGCCAAUCCUUUUAUCUACUCAUUUUACAGAUCUGAGUUUAGGGUAGCUGCUUUGAGGCUUAUAAGAUGGCGAUCUCGGCGAAGAAUCGAUCCUGUUCUCCAACUUCAUUCGACCAAUUUCCUGAGCACAACCUAA